AUGAAUAUUCAAGGAUUAACCUUCCUGAGGAGGGAGAUAAGAUUCUUGAUACCGAAAGUUAUAUUUACCAGUCAUACUGAAACGUGUCCAGUUCAGAGGUUAGUAGCGUCGGAACCAUGUAGCACAAAAACAAAUGGCGCUUGGAAACCGAAACGUCUUAAUAGGCCUGGUAAAGUUCGCUUCGGCUUCAUACCUGAAGAUUAUUUUGUCUUCUUUUAUCCGAAGACCGGUGUCACAGGACCGUAUCUUUUUGGUAUACUACUCGCAAACUAUUUGAUAAGCAAGGAAAUAUAUGUAAUGGAACACGAUUACUACAUUGGUCUUUCCAUACUAGUGAUUAUUAUAUACGGCAAUAAAAAGCUGGGUCCUAUUUUAGCGGCAAGUUUGGACAAAGAUGUGGACGCGUUCGAAACCAAUUUAAAUGCGACAAGAAAAGAAGAAGAAGCACAUUAUGAGUCUAUCAUUAAAGAAGCAAAAGAUGCUCAAUGGAGAGCUAAUGGCCAAAAACUGCUUAUGGAUGCAAAGAAAGAAAAUGUUGCAAUGCAGCUAGAAGCUGCAUUCCGGGAAAGGCAAAUGCAUGUGUUCAGAACUGUAAAACGACGCUUAGAUUAUCAUAUGCAUCUAGAAGAAACUGAACAGUCUUCUACAACAUCUAAACUGACCGAUACAGUAUUAUCUGACCCUAAAAUAUUGUGUAAAUUGCAACCAGUCAGUUAUGAUUGCGAAGGAAAUGGUCAGAGACGCCCGUUUUAUUACUAUGACAUUAAAUUGGAGGAUUGCAGAUCGGCAUAUUUUAGCAAUUGUACGCAUAACUUGAAUAAAUUUAUAUCUCUAAAGGAUUGUCACAACAGCUGUCGGGAACCCGGUAUGGAACCUCUAGAAGAGCCAGUUAGAAAAGAAAUUUUCUGCAGACUACAACAUGAUUUCGGAGAAUGUAAUAGUUACUAUCCUAUGUGGUAUUUUGAUAUGACCUCAAGGACUUGCAGAGGUUUCUCCUACAGUGGAUGCGGAGUAGCGAUCCCCGUUGCCACCGCUGACGAUGAACAUGCACAAUCGCAAAGGAGUCGG